UCAUAACAAGAAGGCUUUUCACACGCUCCCUACUUUCGGUAUCGUUUUCAGGGAAACCCGACUGCAUGGACCCGGACUCGAUGCUGCUGUUGGGCGGGGACUUAUCCUGAAUGAUCCCGGAUUAGUUUCACAAUGUCGGUGGUGGUUCAGGACAACCAGGGCUGGGUUUUGGAUUCGCGCUCACUCAUCGAUGAGUUUUAUUCGCGUUGCGUCCGAUUUAAGGACGCGCACAAGUCAUUUGUUAAGUGUCGUUUUAAAAAGCAGUGCUUUCAGAUUUUACAGAGCCAUUAUAAUGUGAGUGCCGGUGCUGCUGCGGAUGGAGGGAACACCGAUGUGUUGCAGAAAAAAGACAAACCGGGGAAGAAAAGGAAACGAAAACACAGUGAACUCAACCAGGGGGAAGUGGAUUCACAGGUCUUCCAUGAGAAGAUCAGGUCUGUGAUUCUGGAGGGAACCAACUCCUUGGUGGGUUCUGCCCGAUCCCUCGGAUACCUAAAUGGAGAGACAAACGCUGUGAAAGAGCCUCUUCCUUGCCAGGAGUGCAGCCUUGCCGCUCUUUGUGAAAUGGCUAAAGAGCUUCCUCUAGUGGACGAGGAGGAGCAGGAGGAGUGCGUCCAGCUACUUGUUGCUGAAGAUGGCUGCACAUCACAUGUUGACUUAUUCUCUCGGGUAACAGAGAGCAGGUCGGACCAGGCUACAGUGGUUACACUGAUGGGAGAGGAAUAUGUCAUUCCACCAGACACAGCCUUCCUGCUCUCUGAUUUUACAAGAAUACAACCUCUAGUCCACUAUGGAAGAACAUUUGACUUAAUAGUCAUGGAUCCGCCGUGGGAAAACAAGUCUGUGAAAAGGAGUCGCAGAUACAGUUCUUUGCCCUCAACCCAGCUGAAACGGCUUCCUAUACCUCUACUGGCGUCUCCAAACUGUUUAGUGGUCACCUGGGUCACAAACCGGCCGAGCCACCUGCGUUUUGUCCGUGAUGAGCUGUAUCCGCACUGGGGGGUUGAAGUUGUGGCUGAAUGGUUCUGGGUCAAGGUCACCACAUCUGGACAGUUUGUGUUUCCACUAGAUUCACAUCAUAAGAAGCCAUAUGAAGUGCUGGUACUGGGCCGAUAUCGCUCCUCUGCAGAUAAAUCCACAAGCUCUUCAGAGACGUCAGAGGUUCCUGUGGAGGAUCAGCGUUUGAUUGUCAGCAUCCCAUCAGCCCUCCACUCCCAGAAGCCUUCACUCUCAGAGGUAUUGAAGCCCCACGUCAGAGCUGAAGCCAAGUGCUUGGAGCUGUUUGCCCGAAGUCUUCAACCUGGAUGGACCAGCUGGGGCAACGAAGUGCUAAAAUUUCAGCACACAAGCUAUUUCACUUUGACCCCAACAGACGAUCGAGGCGACAAGACCGCAGAUGACUGCACGGAUACACUCACACCAGCGUCAAGCUCACCUGGAGAAUCCUCU